ACUGUUUACUAACACCCGGGAAAUGCGAAGUUUUGACGGACUCGCUACAUUAUUAUUUAUUAUCGCCCAAGGUUGUUUUUAAAUGAACUUUGUAGUCUGCGUCUUGAAAGACACAGUAAAGUCGUGGAAAAAUUUAUCACGAAGUUUCUACAGAGAGUUUUCAAUUUCCAACCAUCCUAUAAUGGAGCAAUAUGGUCAAUUGCUUUCUGGCACGGAAGUUGCAAAAAAUAUCAGAGCUGCUUUGGCUGAACAAGUUAAACAACUGAAAGAACAAUGUUCUGGCCUUACUCCUGGACUUACAAUCAUUCAAGUGGGUGCUCGAGAAGAUUCAAAUGUCUACAUUCGAAUGAAAAUGAAAGCUGCUGAAGAAAUUGGUAUUAAAGCCACACAUACUGUCUUUCCAUCUUCAACUACUCAAGCUGAGCUUCUCAGAAUACUCAAUAAAAUUAACUUGGACCCUAGUGUCCAUGGCAUAAUUGUGCAAAUGCCAUUGGAUUCUGUGAAUGUGAUUGAUUCUACUCUCAUCACAGAUUCAGUAAACCCAAGCAAAGAUGUUGAUGGAUUAAAUACUAUUAAUCAGGGAAAACUAGCUGUUGGGGAUUUAGCUUCUGGGUUUCUUCCUUGUACUCCAAAUGGCUGCAUGGAAUUAAUCAAAAGAACAGGGAUAAAAAUUGAGGGAAGCCAAGCAGUUGUUAUUGGACGGAGUAAGAUUGUCGGAACUCCUGCUGCCGAACUUCUAAAAUGGCAUAAUGCAACUGUUACAGUUUGUCAUUCAAAAACAAAAAACUUGCCUGAAGUGGUUUCUGGUGCAGACAUACUUAUCGUUGGUAUUGGACAGCCUAAUAUGGUAAAAGGAGACUGGAUAAAGCAAGGUGCAGUUGUGAUAGAUUGCGGCAUCAAUUCUAUUCCAGAUCCGACAAAGGCGUCAGGUUCUAGGUUGGUGGGAGAUGUAGAUUUUGAAACUGCUAAAAUGAAAUCCAGUUGGAUUACUCCAGUUCCUGGUGGAGUUGGUCCAAUGACGGUAGCCAUGCUUAUGAAAAAUACAGUUAUUGCUGCUCAAAAAGCAGCGUUCAAACUAUCCAAUACCCAGUGGAACUUAUCCCUUCUGCCACUUAAGUUGAGCGAACCAGUACCGCGAGAUAUCGAUAUAGCUCGUAGCCAAACCCCGAAAAAUGUCAUGGAAUUGGCUGAAGAAAUCGGAUUAUCUAUGUCCGAUGUUGAGCUAUAUGGUUCCACAAAAGCCAAAGUUAACAUCAACAUUUUGGAACGAUUGGCUGAAAAACCCCUCGGAAAAUACGUCAUUGUUUGCGGAAUAACUCCAACGCCAUUAGGAGAAGGAAAAUCAACUACGACAAUCGGUUUAUCUCAAGCAAUCGGCGCUCAUUUGAAAAAGAAUGUGUUUGCUUGUGUGAGGCAACCUUCUCAAGGACCAACCUUUGGGAUCAAAGGGGGUGCGGCGGGAGGUGGAUACUCUCAAGUUAUUCCCAUGGAAGAGUUCAAUUUGCAUUUGACCGGUGAUAUCCAUGCAAUCACGGCUGCCAAUAAUCUUCUUGCCGCUCAAAUUGAAGCUCGAAUGUUUCAUGAAGCAACUCAAUCAGAUAAAGCCUUGUAUGCUCGCCUUGUGCCAAAGGAUAAAGGCACACGCAAAUUUUCAGCUAUUCAAGUAAGACGAUUAACUAAGCUGGGCAUCAACAAAUCUGACCCUGAUUCAUUAACUGAUGAAGAAAUUCACAAUUUUGCUCGUCUAGAUAUCGAUCCCACAACUAUUACUUGGCAAAGAGUUAUGGAUACGAACGACAGAUUUUUACGUAAGAUUCGAGUUGGGUUGAGCGAUACGGAAAAGGGACAUGAGCGUGAUUGUCAAUUCGAUAUUUCCGUAGCAAGUGAAAUAAUGGCAGUUUUAGCUUUGACCACAGGUUAUGCUGAUUUCCGAUCCCGAUUGGGCCAAAUGGUAGUAGCCUCUAGUAAACAAGGAGUACCGAUAACCGCUGAUGAUUUGGGUGCAAGUGGUGCUUUGAUGGUGCUGAUGAAAGAUGCUAUUCAUCCGACUCUGAUGCAAACGCUUGAAGGAACCCCGGUCUUUGUACAUGCCGGACCAUUUGCCAAUAUUGCACAUGGAAAUUCGUCUAUUAUAGCAGACCAGAUUGCACUACGAUUAGUAGGCCGCGAAGGAUUUGUUUUGACAGAAGCAGGAUUCGGAGCAGAUAUAGGAUUGGAAAAGUUCAUCCAUAUCAAAUGUAGAGCUUCAGGUUUGAAACCAGAUGUUGUCGUCUUGGUCGCUACAGUACGUGCUCUGAAAAUGCAUGGUGGUGGUCCUCAGGUUGUUCCAGGAAAUCCAAUUCCAGCUGCGUAUUUAGAGCCCAACUGCGCAUUAGUGGAAACAGGGUUUUCUAAUCUUAAAAAACAUAUUGAAAACAUACGGAAAUUUGGUCUGCAAGUCGUUGUUGCAAUCAAUCGUUUCACGACGGAUUCAGACGAAGAACUGGGUUUCCUCCAGCGUUUGUGUAAAGAAAAUGGAGCAUUUGAUGCUGUAGUUUGCUCACACUGGGCGACUGGCAGUCAAGGAGCUGCGACCUUAGCGGAAGCGGUUGCCAAAGCUGCUGAACAGCCGUCUGAUUUUAGGUAUUUGUAUGACUUGGAACAAUCAAUUGAAGAAAAAAUUGAAGUCAUCGCUAAGGAAGUCUAUGGCGCCGAAAAAAUCGAAAUAUCUCCUGCAGCUAAGGUUCAAAUCGAACGCUACAAGCUUCAGGGAUUUAAUAAUUUCCCAAUCUGUAUGGCGAAAACUCACUUAUCGUUGUCGCACGACCCUUCACUAAAAGGAGCUCCUACUGGCUUCACUCUCCCAAUUCGAGAAGUGAGAGCUAGUGUUGGAGCCGGAUUUUUGUACCCUCUAGUUGGAACGAUGAGUACGAUGCCAGGACUUCCAACCCGCCCAGCCAUUUUUGAUAUUGAUUUGAACUUGGAAACAGGCAACAUUGAAGGCCUGUUCUAGUACAGAGGUUUUAAUAAAAGUGGCCUUUUGAAUUCGUAGUAUUGCCAAUAGUAAAAUCAGUGAAUCAUAUAAUCGAGAAAAAAACAAUCUUGCAAUAUAUCUGUGCAAUAUCUAUCAUAAUUGGUAUAGUCUACCUAAAUGAUCAGAUUUGCUUGGAAUAAUUUGCUUGGAUAUAACUGCACUAUUUUUUUAAAGUUUCAUAUGCUAAUACAUUAUUAUUAUAGAAUUGA